GCGUGGCGGCGGCGGCGUCCCGGGCGCAGAGCGCCUCUGCUCGCGGCUCUAGUCCCCGCGAGCGCGCAGCGAGCUCUGCGGCGGCAGCCGCCGGGUGGCCAGCUCGCCCUGGGCAGGAGCGCCCGGAGAGGAAGACCACCGGGAAAGCGCCUAGUGGAUUUGUGGAUCGUUCGCGGAGGCAAGGGAUGGAAGUAUGAUGUGAUGGAUAUAACUAUGGGAUACUGUGUGGGUACGCGGCCUCCUCCUUCUUGCCUCAUCCUCCUGCUUCUCAAGCUCUUGGCCACUGUCUCCCAGGGUCUGCCGGGGACCGGGCCCGUGGGCUUCCACUUCACACAUUCCAUCUAUAAUGCUACGGUGUAUGAGAACUCAGCAGCACGGACCUACGUCAACAGUCAGAGUAGAAUGGGCAUCACCUUAAUUGAUCUGUCCUGGGAUAUCAAAUACAGAAUAGUAUCCGGAGACGAGGAAGGCUUUUUCAAAGCAGAGGAAGUCAUAAUUGCAGAUUUCUGUUUUCUCAGAAUAAGAACUAAAGGUGGCAAUUCUGCCAUAUUGAAUAGGGAAAUUCAGGACAACUAUUUAUUGAUAAUAAAAGGUUCUGUCAGAGGAGAGGAUUUGGAAGCAUGGACCAAAGUGAAUAUUCAGGUUUUAGAUAUGAAUGAUCUGAGACCCUUAUUCUCACCCACAACAUACUCUGUUACAAUAGCAGAAAGCACACCUUUAAGGACGAGUGUCGCCCAGGUGACAGCAACAGAUGCGGAUAUUGGUUCCAAUGGAGAAUUCUACUACUACUUUAAAAACAAAGUUGAUCUCUUUUCAGUUCACCCCACGAGUGGUGUCAUCUCUUUAAGCGGACGAUUAAAUUAUGAUGAAAAGAACAGGUAUGACCUGGAAAUUUUGGCUGUGGACCGAGGGAUGAAACUCUAUGGGAACAAUGGAGUGAGCAGUACUGCAAAGCUUUAUGUUCACAUUGAACGAAUAAAUGAACACGCCCCAACUAUCCAUGUAGUCACUCAUGUACCUUUCUCACUGGACAAAGAGCCAACAUAUGCGAUGGUGACAGUUGAUGACCUAGAUGAGGGGGCCAAUGGAGAGAUCGAGUCUGUUUCCAUUGUGGCUGGGGAUCCUUUAGAUCAGUUCUUCCUGGCUAAGGAAGGAAAGUGGAUAAAUGAAUAUAAGAUUAAAGAGAGAAAGCAGGUUGACUGGGAGAGCUUUCCAUAUGGCUACAAUCUCACUCUCCAAGCAAAAGACAAGGGGUCGCCGCAGAAAUUUUCUGCCAUAAAGGUAGUCCACAUUGCCAACCCCAAAAGACACACUGCCCCAAUUAGAUUUGAAAAAGAAAUGUACGAUGUGAGCAUUAGUGAAUUUUCCCCUCCUGGUGUUGUGGUUGCUGUAGUAAAAUUAAGUCCCGAACCACUAGAUGUGGAAUAUAAAUUAUCUCCUGGUGAGGAUGCGCAGUACUUCAAAAUUAAUCCUCGGUCAGGUCUGAUUGUCACAGCACAGUCACUUAAUACCGUUAAGAAGGAGGUUUAUAAACUGGUGGUGACAAACAAGGAAGGAGAUUUAGAAGCACAAGUCACCAUUGGCAUAGAAGAUGCAAAUGACCACACCCCAGAAUUUCAGCAGCCAGUGUAUGAUGCUUUUGUGAAUGAAAGUGUUCCAGUGGGAACAAGCGUUUUGACAGUUUCAGCUUCUGAUAAGGAUAAAGGAGAAAAUGGGUACAUCACCUAUAGUAUUGCCAGCCUGAAUUUGUUGCCAUUUGCUGUUAACCAGUUUACCGGGGUCAUUAGCACAACUGAAGAACUGGAUUUUGAAUCCUGUCCAGAAACUUACAGGUUCAUUGUCAGAGCCUCUGACUGGGGUUCCCCAUACCGCCAUGAAAGUGAGGUAAAUGUGACUAUUCGAAUAGGAAACGUCAAUGACAACACCCCUCUCUUUGAAAAAGUGGCUUGCCAGGGAGUUAUUUCAUAUGACUUUCCAGUUGGGGGUCACAUCACAGCUGUCUCAGCAAUAGAUAUUGAUGAACUUGAACUUGUAAAGUACAAAAUCAUCUCUGGAAAUGAACUUGGUUUCUUUUAUUUAAACCCAGACUCUGGUGUUUUACAGCUUAAAAAGUCACUGAUGAAUUCUGGUGUUAAAAAUGGUCAGUUUGCCCUCAGGAUUACAGCUACAGAUGGAGAAAAUUUUGCAGAUCCCAUGUCUGUUAACAUUUCAGUCCUGCAUGGGAAGGUGUCUUCAAAGAGCUUCAGUUGCAGAGAAACUCGUGUGGCUCAAAAGCUGGCAGAGAAACUACUCAUGAAGGCAAAAGCAAAUGGGAAACUGAAUCUGGAAGAUGGAUUUCUUGACUUUUAUUCAAUGAAUAGGCAAGGACCACAUUUUGACAAGUCCUUUCCUUCUGAUGUGGCUGUGAAGGAGGAUCUGCCAGUUGGUGCCAACAUCCUGAAGAUUAAAGCCUACGAUGCCGACUCUGGCUUCAAUGGAAAGGUGCUAUUUACAAUAUCUGAUGGCAAUACGGAUAGUUGCUUUAAUAUUGACAUGGAGACUGGGCAACUUAAAGUCCUUAUGCCCAUGGAUCGAGAGCACACAGACCUCUAUCUCCUUAAUAUCACCAUCUAUGACUUAGGUAAUCCACAGAAAUCUUCGUGGAGGUUGCUGACCAUCAAUGUGGAAGAUGCUAAUGACAAUAGUCCAAUAUUUCUUCAAGACAGUUACACAGUUAACAUUCUUGAAAGUUCAAGUAUUGGUACUGAGAUUAUUCAAGUGGAAGCCAAAGACAAAGACUUGGGUUCUAAUGGUGAAGUAACUUAUUCAGUCUUGACAGAUACACAGCAGUUUGCCAUCAAUAGCUCAACUGGAAUUGUUUAUGUAGCUGACCAGCUAGACCGGGAAUCGAAAGCAAAUUACUCAUUAAAAAUAGAAGCCAGAGACAAGGCAGAAAGUGGCCAGCAGCUCUUUUCAGUUGUCACUCUUAAGGUUUUUUUGGAUGAUGUCAAUGACUGCUCCCCAGCUUUCAUUCCCAGCAGCUACAGUGUGAAGGUUCUUGAAGAUCUCCCCAUUGGCACUGUCAUCGCUUGGCUGGAGACGCACGAUCCAGAUCUUGGACUGGGAGGUCAAGUGCGUUAUUCUUUGGUCAAUGACUAUAAUGGGAGGUUUGAAAUAGAUAAAGCAAGUGGCGCCAUUCGCUUGAGCAAAGAGCUAGACUACGAAAAGCAGCAGUUCUAUAACCUCACCGUUCGGGCCAAAGACAAAGGGCGGCCUGUCUCUCUGUCAUCUGUUUCUUUUGUUGAAGUGGAAGUGGUGGAUGUCAAUGAAAACCUCCAUACCCCCUAUUUCCCAGACUUUGCUGUUGUUGGAUCUGUAAAAGAAAACUCACGUAUUGGAACAAGUGUGCUGCAGGUGACUGCCCAUGAUGAGGACUCUGGGAGGGAUGGAGAGAUCCAGUAUUCCAUCAGGGAUGGCAGUGGUCUUGGAAGGUUCAAUAUAGAUGACGAGAGUGGAGUCAUUUCUACUGCAGACAUUCUUGAUCGAGAGACAACAGGGUCCUACUGGCUGACAGUGUAUGCCACAGAUCGGGGCGUUGUUCCACUCUAUUCCACUAUUGAGGUCUACAUUGAAAUUGAGGAUGUGAAUGACAAUGCACCGCUGACCUCGGAGCCUAUUUAUUAUCCAGUUGUCAUGGAAAACUCUCCAAAGGAUGUGUCUGUCAUUCAGAUCCAGGCUGAGGAUCCUGACUCUAGUUCCAAUGAAAAACUGACAUACAGGAUUACAAGUGGGAAUCCUCAGAAUUUUUUUGCCAUCAAUAUCAAAACAGGUCUGAUUACAACAACUUCAAGGAAAUUGGAUCGAGAACAACAGGCAGAACAUUUUCUGGAGGUAACCGUGACAGAUGGUGGUUCCUCUCCAAAACAGUCAACCAUUUGGGUGGUGGUUCAGGUCCUGGAUGAAAAUGACAACAAGCCCCAGUUCCCAGAGAAGGUCUACCAGAUCAAGCUACCAGAACGUGACCGGAAGAAGAGGGGAGAACCCAUUUACAGGGCUUUUGCAUUUGAUAGAGAUGAGGGCCCCAACGCAGAAAUCUCCUACAGUAUAGUGGAUGGGAAUGAUGAUGGAAAGUUCUUUAUUGACCCUAAAACUGGCAUGGUUUCUUCCAGAAAGCAGUUUACAGCAGGAAGUUAUGACAUCUUAACGAUAAAGGCGGUGGACAAUGGGCGCCCACAGAAAUCCUCCACGGCCCGUCUGCACAUUGAAUGGAUUAAGAAACCACCCCCUUCACCUAUACCACUUACCUUUGAUGAGCCGUUUUAUAACUUCACAGUCAUGGAGAGCGAUAGAGUCACCGAGAUUGUGGGGGUGGUGUCUGUGCAGCCAGCUAACACCCCUCUGUGGUUUGACAUAGUUGGUGGCAAGCAUGCUCGAGAGAUGUUCUAUAUUCUGCAGACAGCUUGUGGGCAGAACUGUUCAACAGAAGGGGGGAAUUUUGACAGCUCUUUUGAUGCAGAGAAGGGUGUUGGGACCAUUGUCAUUGCAAAACCUUUGGAUGCAGAGCAGAGGUCCAUUUAUAAUAUGAGUGUGGAAGUCACCGAUGGGACAAAUGUUGCUGUCACUCAGGUAUUUAUCAAAGUGUUGGAUAAUAAUGACAACGGCCCAGAAUUCUCUCAGCCAAAUUACGAUGUCACAAUUUCUGAGGAUGUGGUCCCAGACACAGAGAUAUUGCAGAUUGAAGCCACAGACAGAGAUGAGAAGCACAAGCUGAGCUACACUGUCCACAGCAGCAUCGACGCAGUCAGCAUGAGGAAGUUCCGGAUUGACCCCAGCACCGGGGUGCUCUACACCGCCGAGAGACUGGACCACGAGGCCCAGGACAAGCACAUUCUCAACGUAAUGGUCAGAGAUCAGGAGUUUCCUUAUCGAAGAAACUUGGCCCGAGUCAUUGUGAAUGUGGAAGAUGCUAAUGAUCACAGCCCUUAUUUUACCAACCCACUGUAUGAAGCAUCUGUGUUUGAAUCGGCUGCUCUGGGAUCAGCUGUUCUGCAAGUGACGGCACUGGACAAAGACAAAGGGGAAAAUGCAGAACUCAUAUAUACCAUAGAAGCAGGGAACACUGGGAACACAUUUAAGAUUGAACCAGUCCUGGGCAUCAUUACUGUUUCGAAAGAACCAGACAUGACGACCAUGGGUCAGUUUGUCCUGUCAGUCAAAGUCACAGAUCAGGGUUCCCCGCCGAUGUCUGCCACUGCAAUUGUGCGCAUUUCUGUCACCAUGUCUGAUAAUUCUCAUCCCAAGUUCACUCACAAAGACUACCAAGCAGAAGUAAAUGAAAAUGUUGAUAUUGGAACAUCAGUCAUUCUAAUCUCUGCUAUCAGUCAAUCUACCCUCAUUUAUGAAGUUAAAGAUGGCAACAUUGAUGGGAUCUUUACCAUAAACCCAUAUUCCGGAGUCAUCACCACCCGGAAGGCACUGGAUUAUGAGCACACUUCCUCUUAUCGCCUCAUUGUACAGGCCACUAACAUGGCAGGAAUGGCUUCCAAUGUCACGGUCAAUAUUCAGGUUGUUGAUGAAAAUGAUAACGCCCCAGUUUUCCUCUUUUCUCAAUAUUUGGGCAGCCUGAGUGAGGCUGCCCCAGUUAAUAGCAUUGUCAGGAGCUUAGAUAACAGCCCACUGGUGAUUCGAGCCACUGAUGCUGAUAGCAACCGGAAUGCUCUGCUUGUGUAUCAGAUUGUGGAGUCCACAGCCAAGAAGUUCUUCACAGUAGAUUCCAGUACAGGAGCAAUCAGAACAAUUGCCCCCCUGGACCAUGAAACCAUCUCCCACUUCCAUUUUCAUGUGCAUGUGAGAGAUAGUGGUAGCCCCCAGCUGACUGCAGAGAGCCCCGUUGAAGUGAACAUAGAGGUGACAGAUGUGAAUGACAACCCGCCUGUUUUCACUCAGGCUGUGUUUGAGACCAUCUUACUUCUUCCUACCUAUGUUGGAGUGGAGGUUCUGAAAGUUAGUGCCACAGACCCUGACUCAGAGGUGCCCCCGGAACUGACAUACAGCCUAAUGGAAGGCAGUUUGGAUCAUUUUUUAAUUGACUCAAAUACUGGAGUGCUCACCAUAAAAAACAACAACCUCUCCAAAGAUCACUAUGUGCUGGUAGUUAAAGUUUCUGACGGGAAGUUCUACAGUACGUCCAUGGUCACCAUCUCAGUUAAAGAAGCCAUGGACAGUGGCCUCCACUUUACACAAAGCUUUUACUCCACCUCAAUCUCAGAGAACAACACUAACAUAACCAAAGUUGCUAUUGUCAAUGCAGUAGGAAAUCGCCUUAAUGAGCCCUUAAAAUACAGCAUCUUAAACCCAGGAAAUAAGUUCAAGAUAAAAUCUACCUCAGGGGUCAUUCAGACCACAGGAGUCCCCUUUGACCGUGAAGAACAGGAGUUAUAUGAGCUGGUGGUGGAAGCCAGCCGUGAGAUGGAUCAUCUGCGUGUGGCUAGGGUGGUGGUCAGAGUUAACAUCGAAGACAUAAAUGACAAUUCUCCAGUCUUUGUGGGCCUACCUUACUAUGCUGCUGUGCAGGUUGAUGCUGAGCCUGGGACUCUGAUUUACCGAGUGACAGCCAUUGACAAAGAUAAAGGUGCAAAUGGGGAAGUGACCUAUGUCCUACAGGAUGACUAUGGCCACUUUGAAAUUAACCCUAAUUCGGGAAAUGUUAUUUUAAAAGAAGCAUUCAACUCUGACUUGUCCAACAUUGAGUAUGGCAUCACCAUCCUAGCCAAAGAUGGUGGAAAACCCUCUUUGUCCACAUCUGUGGAACUUCCCAUCACUAUUGUCAACAAAGCAAUGCCUGUGUUCGAUAAGCCCUUUUAUACAGCAUCCAUCAACGAAGACAUCGGAAUGGACACCCCCAUUCUGAGCAUCAAUGCCACCAGCCCAGAAGGCCAAGGCAUCAUAUACAUCAUUAUUGAUGGAGAUCUUUAUAAACAAUUUAACAUUGACUUUGACACUGGGGUCCUGAAAGUCGUUAGCCCUCUAGAUUAUGAAAUUACACCUGUUUAUAAGUUGACAGUAAGAGCCAGUGAUGCCCUUACUGGUGCCAGGGCUGAAGUCACUGUUGACUUACUGGUUAAUGAUGUAAAUGACAACCCCCCUAUUUUUGAUCAGCUUACAUACAACACAACAUUGUCAGAAGCAUCUCUCAUUGGGACACCUGUUUUGCAAGUUGUCUCUACUGAUGCAGACUCAGAAAACAAUAAAAUGGUACAUUAUCAGAUUGUCCAGGAUACUUAUAACAGCACAGAUUAUUUUCACAUAGACAGCACAAGUGGCUUAAUCCUGACAGCAAGGAUGCUGGACCACGAGUUAGUGCAGCAUUGCACUUUGAAAGUCAGAGCAACGGAUAAUGGCUUCCCAUCCCUGAGCAGUGAGGUCCUGGUGCAUAUCUACAUCUCAGAUAUAAAUGACAACCCUCCGAUUUUUAAUCAGCUCAUUUAUGAGUCGUAUGUGAGUGAAUUAGCCCCCCGGGGCCAUUUUGUAACGUGUGUGCAAGCUUCUGAUGCAGACAGCUCUGAUUUUGACCGGUUGGAAUAUAACAUUUUAUCUGGGAAUGACCGGACAAGCUUCCUGAUGGACAGCAAAAGUGGCAUCAUCACACUGUCCAACCACCGGAAGCAGCGGAUGGAGCCUCUCUACAGUCUUAAUGUGUCUGUCUCUGAUGGGUUGUUCACUAGCACUGCACAGGUGCACAUUAGGGUCCUCGGGGCUAACCUGUACAGCCCUGCCUUUUCACAAAGCACCUAUGUAGCUGAGGUUAGAGAGAAUGUGGCUGCUGGGACAAAGGUAAUUCACGUUCGAGCCACAGACGGGGAUCCAGGGACAUAUGGGCAGAUCACCUAUGCCAUCAUCAAUGACUUUGCUAAAGAUCGAUUCCUCAUAGACAACAAUGGACAAGUCAUUACAACAGAAAGGCUUGACCGGGAAAACCCUCUGGAAGGAGAUAUUAGUAUUUUCUUGAGGGCCCUUGAUGGUGGAGGGAGAACGACUUUCUGCACUGUGAGGGUGAUUGUGGUGGAUGAAAAUGACAAUGCUCCCCAGUUCAUGACAGUGGAAUACAGGGCCAGUGUCAGGGCAGACGUUGGAAGGGGCCACUUGGUUACCCAGGUUCAAGCCAUGGAUCCAGAUGAUGGAGCCAAUUCAAGGAUUACUUAUUCCCUCUAUAGUGAGGCUUCAGUCUCGGUGGCUGACCUGCUGGAAAUCGAUCCUGACAAUGGCUGGAUGGUCACAAAGGGCAGUUUUAACCAGCUGAAAAACACGGUGCUGUCAUUCUUUGUCAAAGCGGUAGAUGGGGGCAUUCCAGUAAAGCACUCCCUCAUUCCUGUCUAUAUCCACGUCUUGCCCCCGGAAACCUCCUUGCCUUCAUUUACCCAGUCUCAGUAUUCUUUUACCAUUUCAGAAGAUACAGCCAUUGGGAGCACAGUGGACACCCUGAGAAUUUUGCCUAGUCAGAAUGUCAGAUUUAGCACAGUUAAUGGGGAACGUCCAGAAAAUAACAAAGGGGGUGUCUUCAUCAUAGAACAGGAAACAGGCACCAUCAAGCUUGACAAACGCCUCGAUCAUGAAGUCAGCCCAGCAUUUCACUUUAAAGUAGCAGCCACUAUCCCCCUGGACAAGGUGGACAUUGUGUUUACUGUGGACGUAGAUAUCAAGGUGUUGGAUUUGAAUGACAACAAGCCGGUCUUUGACACUUCAAGCUAUGAGACCAUUAUAAUGGAAGGGAUGCCUAUCGGCACCAAACUCACACAGGUGAGAGCCAUUGACAUGGACUGGGGAGCUAAUGGGCAGGUCACUUACUCCCUCCACUCAGAUUCCCAGCCCGAAAAGGUAAUGGAAGCAUUCAGUAUCGACAGCAACACAGGCUGGAUCAGUACCUUGAAGGACCUGGAUCAUGAGACAGACCCCUCCUACACUUUCUCUGUGGUGGCGUCCGACCUUGGAGAGGCCUUCUCUCUUUCUUCCACAGCUUUGAUCUCUGUCAGGGUGACAGAUAUAAAUGACAAUGCACCAGUCUUUGCCCAUGAAGUGUACCAGGGGAAUGUGAAGGAGAGUGACCCUCCGGGCGAGGUGGUUGCGGUGCUCAGCACGUGGGACAGAGACACUUCCGACAUUAAUCGCCAAGUGAGCUACCAUAUUACAGGAGGGAACCCCCGAGGAAGGUUUGCCCUCGGGCUGGUGCAGAGUGAGUGGAAGGUCUAUGUGAAGAGACCUCUAGAUAGGGAAGAACAAGACAUUUACUUCCUCAAUAUCACUGCCACCGAUGGGCUCUUUGUCACACAGGCCAUGGUGGAAGUGACUGUCAGUGAUGUGAAUGACAACAGCCCAGUGUGUGAUCAGUUUGCAUAUACAGUAUUAUUUCCCGAAGACAUACCGUCAAAUAAAAUCAUCCUGAAGGUCAGUGCCAAAGAUGCCGAUAUUGGAUCCAAUGGAGAUAUACAAUACUCACUCUAUGGACCUGGACAUAAUGAAUUUUUUCUAGAUUCAGAAAGUGGCGAGUUAAAAACCUUGUCUCUGUUGGACCGGGAGAGGGUCCCUGCAUACAACCUGAUCGCUAGGGCUACUGACGGGGGUGGCAGGUUUUGCCAAUCUGAUGUCCGCUUGAUCCUGGAGGAUGUGAACGAUAAUCCCCCUGUGUUUUCUUCUGAUCACUACAACACCUGUGUCUACGAGAACACAGCCACCAAGGCUCUGUUGACCAGAGUUCAAGCCGUGGAUCCUGAUGUUGGCAUCAACAGGAAGGUUGUGUACUCCCUGGCCGACUCGGCCGAUGGCUUCUUCUCCAUUGACGAGUCAUCUGGCAUCAUCAUCCUGGAGCAGCCUCUGGACCGAGAGCAGCAGUCCUCCUACAACAUCAGCGUGCAGGCCACCGACCAGAGCCCUGGACAGGCCCUGUCCUCUCUUGCCACUGUCACCAUCACUGUCCUGGACAUUAAUGACAACCCCCCUGUGUUUGAAAGAAGGGACUACCUGGUGACAUUGCCUGAAGACACCUCCCCUGGCACCCAAGUCCUUGCCGUUUUUGCCACCAGCAAAGAUAUUGGCACGAAUGCUGAGAUUACAUAUCUCAUUCGUUCUGGGAAUGAACAAGGGAAAUUUAGGAUCGAUCCAAAGACAGGGGGUAUAUCAGUCUCUGACGUCCUGGACUAUGAAUUAUGCAAAAAGUUUUACCUGGUGGUGGAAGCUAAAGAUGGGGGCACCCCAGCUCUCAGCGCCAUGGCCACGGUCAACAUCAACCUCACAGAUGUGAAUGACAAUCCUCCCAAGUUCAGCCAAGACAUCUACAGCGCUGUCAUAAGUGAAGAUGCCUUGGUUGGGGACUCUGUCAUUUUGCUAAUAGCAGAAGAUGCAGAUAGCCAGCCCAACGGACAGAUUCAUUUUUCCAUUGUGAGUGGAGAUCGGGACAAUGAAUUUGCUGUGGACCCUGUCUUGGGACUUGUGAAGGUUAAGAAGAAACUGGACCGGGAACGGGUGUCUGGAUAUUCCCUGCUUGUCCAGGCAGUAGACAGUGGCGUUCCUGUGAUGUCGUCAACUGCCACUGUCAACAUUGACAUUUCUGAUGUGAAUGACAACAGUCCGGUCUUUACACCUGCUAACUAUACCGCUGUGAUUCAGGAAAAUAAGCCAGUAGGCACCAGCAUUUUGCAGCUGGUGGUGACAGACAGAGACUCCUUUCACAACGGGCCUCCCUUCUCAUUCUCUAUUUUGUCGGGAAAUGAGGAGGAACAGUUCGUGUUGGACCAGGAUGGGGUCCUGCGGUCAGCCGUGGUCUUCCGGCACAUGGAGUCUCCAGAAUACGUGCUGUGUGUCCAGGCAAAAGACUCAGGCAAACCCCAGCAAGUUUCUCACUCUUACAUCCGCAUACGGGUCAUUGAGGAAAGUAUCCACAAGCCCACGGCCAUCCCUCUGGAAAUUUUCAUUGUCACCAUGGAGGAUGACUUUCCUGGUGGAGUCAUUGGGAAGAUCCACGCCACAGAUCAAGACAUGUAUGACGUGCUCACGUUUGCCCUGAAAUCGGAGCAAAAAAGCUUGUUCAAAGUGAACAGUCAUGAUGGGAAAAUCAUCGCCCUGGGGGGUCUGGAUGGUGGCAAGUAUGUCCUGAAUGUGUCGGUGAGUGAUGGUCGCUUCCAGGUACCCAUUGAUGUGGUCGUGCAUGUGGAGCAGCUGGUGCAUGAGAUGCUGCAGAACACCGUCACCAUCCGCUUUGAGAACGUGUCCCCUGAGGACUUUGUGGGGCUGCACAUGCAUGGGUUCCGGCGCACCCUGCGGAACGUGGUCCUCACCCAGAAGCAGGACACCCUGCACAUCAUCAGCAUCCAGCCCGUAGUGGGCACCAACCAGCUGGACAUGCUGUUUGCAGUGGAAAUGCACAGCAGUGAGUUCUACAAGCCGGCCUACCUGAUCCAGAAGCUGUCCAAUGCCAGGAGACAUCUGGAGAAUGUCAUGCGCAUCUCCGCUAUCCUGGAGAAGAACUGCUCUGGGCUGGACUGUCAGGAGCAGCAUUGUGAGCAGGGCCUGUCGCUGGAUUCCCACGCGCUCAUGACCUAUAGCACAGCUCGCAUCAGCUUUGUGUGUCCGCGUUUCUACAGGAAUGUGCGGUGCACCUGUAAUGGGGGACUGUGCCCGGGGUCCAACGAUCCUUGCAUGGAGAAGCCGUGUCCGGGGGACAUGCAGUGUGUUGGUUACGAAGCCAGCAGGAGACCGUUCCUCUGCCAGUGUCCACCAGGGAAGCUUGGAGAGUGCUCAGGGCACACUUCUCUCAGCUUUGCUGGAAACAGUUACAUUAAAUACCGGCUUUCUGAAAACAGCAAAGAAGAGGACUUUAAGCUAGCUCUGCGUCUGCGAACACUGCAAAGCAACGGAAUUAUAAUGUACACCAGAGCGAAUCCGUGCAUAAUUCUGAAGAUCGUCGAUGGCAAGCUCUGGUUCCAGCUGGACUGCGGCAGUGGCCCCGGACUCUUGGGCAUCUCCGGCCGUGCAGUCAACGACGGAAGCUGGCACUCGGUCUUCCUGGAGCUCAACCGCAAUUUCACCAGCCUGUCCCUGGACGACAGCUACGUGGAGCGGCGCAGGGCGCCCCUCUAUUUCCAGACACUGAGCACCGAGAGUACCAUCUACUUCGGGGCCCUGGUGCAGGCGGAUAACAUCCGCAGCCUGACUGACACGCGGGUCACGCAAGUGCUGAGCGGCUUCCAGGGCUGCCUGGACUCGGUGGUGCUGAACAGCAACGAGCUGCCCCUGCAGAACAAGCGCAGCAGCUUUGCCGAGGUGGUGGGCCUGACCGAGCUGAAGCUGGGCUGCGUGCUGUACCCCGACGCGUGUGAGCGCAGCCCCUGCCAACACGGGGGCAGCUGCUCGGGCCUGCCCUCGGGGGGCUAUCAAUGUACCUGCCUCUCACAGUUCACCGGGAGAAACUGUGAAUCCGAGAUCACAGCCUGCUUCCCAAACCCUUGCCGGAAUGGAGGCUCCUGCGACCCCAUAGGAAAUACUUUCAUCUGCAAUUGCAAAGCUGGGCUCACUGGAGUCACGUGUGAAGAGGACAUCAACGAAUGCGAGCGAGAGGAGUGUGAGAACGGGGGCUCCUGCGUCAACGUGUUUGGCUCCUUUCUGUGUAACUGCACCCCGGGCUUCGUGGGCCAGUACUGCGGGCUGCGCCCCGUGGUGGUGCCCAACAUCCAGGCUGGCCACUCCUACGUGGGGAAGGAGGAGCUCAUCGGCAUUGCAGUGGUCCUCUUCAUCAUCUUCAUCUUGGUGGUCCUCUUCAUUGUCUUCCGCAAGAAAGUUUUCCGCAAGAACUACUCUCGCAACAACAUCACCCUGGUGCAGGACCCCGCCACGGCCGCCCUGCUAAACAAAAGCAACGGCAUCCCAUUCCGGAACCUGCGGGGCGGCGGGGACGGCCGCAACGUCUACCAGGAGGUGGGGCCCCCGCAGGUGCCCGUGCGCCCCAUGGCCUACACCCCGUGCUUCCAGAGCGACUCCAGGAGCAACCUGGAUAAGAUCGUUGACGGACUGGGCAGCGAGCACCAGGAGAUGACAACCUUCCACCCUGAGUCCCCACGCAUCCUGACAGCCAGGCGGGGUGUGGUCGUGUGCAGUGUGGCCCCCAACCUCCCAGCCGUGUCACCCUGCCGCUCUGACUGCGACUCUAUCCGGAAGAAUGGCUGGGAUGCAGGAACUGAGAACAAAGGAGUCGAUGACCCAGGAGAAGUGACCUGCUUUGCAGGCAGUAAUAAAGGCAGCAACUCUGAAGUUCAGUCCCUGAGCUCCUUCCAAUCAGAUUCUGGCGACGACAAUGCAUCCAUAGUGACUGUCAUUCAGCUUGUCAACAAUGUAGUUGACACUAUAGAAAAUGAAGUGUCUGUCAUGGAUCAAGGGCAGAACUACAACCGAGCCUAUCACUGGGACACCUCUGAUUGGAUGCCAGCGGCCCGCCUGUCGGACAUUGAGGAGGUGCCCAACUUUGAGAACCAGGAGGGAGGGUCUGCACACCAGGGAAGCACGCGGGAGUUAGAGAGUGAUUACUACCUGGGUGGCUACGAUAUCGACAGCGAGUACCCACCUCCUCAUGAGGAGGAGUUCUUGAGUCAGGACCAGCUGCCCCCUCCCCUGCCAGAGGACUUCCCGGACCAGUACGAGACCCUGCCGCCCUCCCAGCCUGUCUCACUGGCCAGCACACUGAGCCCAGACUGCAGGAGAAGACCCCAGUUCCAUCCCAGCCAGUACCUCCCACCUCACUCAUUCCCCAAUGAAGCGGAUUUGGUGGGCCCACCUGCCGCCUGUGAAUUUAGUACUUUUGCCGUGAAUAUGAACCAGGGCACGGAGACGGCAGGCCCAGCAGACAGUGUGUCUCUACCCUUGCACAAUUCCAGAGGCACCUUAUCCUCGGAUGUGUCAGCCAACUGCGGCUUUGAUGAUGCAGAAGUAGCCAUGAGUGACUACGAGAGCGUUGGGGAGCUCAGCCUCACCAGCCUUCACAUUCCCUUUGUCGAGACUCAACACCAGACCCAAGUAUAG